AUGUCCGUUACCAAUAAUCCCAAUUUAGAAAACAUUGAAAAAAAUAGUGACAGUUUUUUUUAUCGGCACGCAGUUGUCCCAUAUAGGAGAUUAAAAUGGGGAUUUUUGCCAGUUAGAAGAGAAGUCGAAGAUUAUAACGACAAAGAGAAAAAAGACCUACUUAAUGAAGACACUUUUGUCGAUUCUAUUUCCUCCUCCAAUGAUAAUAGCCAAAAAAUCUUAAAUGUCGAAACUGUCGGAGAAGAAGAAAAAGAAAACAAAGAAAGUUACAAUGUUGAAACUAAAAACAAUGACAUUGAACAAUUUACUGAAAUUAACUCUCCAAAAUUUGGUACUCACGAGCAACAAAUUACAAAUUAUGAAUAUCGUGAUGAAGCCAAUAGAAAAUGGUGGAGUUUCUUUAAUGAAGAGGAGUACCGUGUUAGUAAUAAUAAAAAAAAACAAGUCAAAUGGUACCAAUGGUUUGGUCCUGAUGUUUCUACUGCAGAAAAAAAACUAAUAUUAAAAUUGGAUAUUUUGCUAUCUUUUUAUUCUUUAUUGGCUUAUUGGGUUAAAUAUUUGGAUACCACCAAUUUAAAUAAUGCCUAUGUCUCGGGCAUGCAACAGGAGUUGAAUUUCAAAGGCAAUGAUUUGGUCCAUGUACAAGUUAUGUAUACUAUUGGUAAUAUUAUUUUUCAGCUCCCUUUUUUAUUUUAUUUAAACAAAAUUCCUUUAAACUAUCUUUUACCAGUUUUGGAUUUAUGUUGGUCCCUAUUGACAAUCGGUGCAGCUUAUGUUAAUAGUGUCAACCAUUUAAAGGCCAUCAGGUUUUUUAUUGGUGCUUUUGAGGCUCCAUCAUAUUUGGCUUACCAAUAUUUGUUUGGAUGUUUUUAUAAACAUGAUGAAAUGGCCAGACGUAGUUCGUUUUACUAUUUGGGCCAGUAUUUAGGUAUUCUUUCCAGUAGUGGUAUUCAAUCUGGUGUUUAUCAGUCCUUAAACGGCAAAAAUGGCUUAAGUGGUUGGAGAUGGAAUUUUAUCAUUGAUGCUAUCAUCUCCGUUGUUGUUGGUUUCAUUGGGUUUUAUUCUUUACCAGGCGACCCACAUAAUUGCUAUUCUAUUUUUUUGACAGAUGAUGAAAUCAGAUUAGCUAGAAAAAGAUUGAAAGAAAAUCAUACAGAAGGUGCAGAUUUCAAAGCCAAGGUCUUUGACGUUAAAGUUUGGAAAAGAAUUCUUUGUGAUUGGAAAAUCUAUAUAUUAUCCUUGUGGAACAUUUUUUGCUGGAAUAACAAUAAUGGUACCUCUGGUGCUUACUUAUUGUGGAUUAAAUCAUUGAAGAAAUAUUCCGUUUCAAAAAUUAAUCAACUUGGCAUGAUUACUCCCGGGUUAGGUAUGAUUUAUCUAUUUUUAACUGGGGUGUACGCUGAUAAAAUGCAUUCUAGAUGGCAGGCUAUUAUCAUUACCCAAGUCUUCAACUUUAUAGGCAAUGUCAUUCUAGCUGUUUGGUAUGUUCCUGAAGGGGCCAAAUGGUUUGCUUUUAUGUUGCAAUACUUUGGUUGGUCAAUGGCGCCAAUUUUAUAUUCCUUUAUGAAUGAUAUUUGUCGCCGUGACUCUCAGUCCCGUUCCAUUGUUUUAGUAUUUAUGAACAUUAUGGCACAGACAUCUACGGCCUGGAUCUCCGUUUUAGUCUGGAAAACAGCCGAAUCUCCGCGUUAUUUAAAAGGUUUUACUUGGACAGCUGUUGCUGCAUUUUGUUUAUCUGCUUGGACCUUUGUUGUUUUGUAUUUCUACAAAAAAGAUGAAAGGAAGUUUGCUAAAGAAAAUGGCAUUAUUUUGUACAAUUCAAAAACGGGUGAGAAUUAUCCACCCCCAAGGAUAGAAGAAGAAGAAAGAGAAGAAGAAGAAGAAGAAGAAGAAAAUAAUCACUUUUGA